GGGAUGUGCUUAAUGAGACAGCGGCUGGGGUGGCAGAGCGCUUAGUCAGAGCACUGUAGAUUUGGAGCCUGUUCGUCAUGGCAGAGGAUGUUGAGACUCCAGUGGUGUUUCAGCAUCAAUAUAUGUGUUCAGAAUGUGGGGUUCUUUACAACACACUGGAAGAUGUAUUGCUUCAUCAACAGAACCACUUUGGUGAGGGAAUACAGACCACAUUACCCCAGGAUGUGUCUGUGGAUCUGAAUGACCUACAAGGCCUUGUGGAAGAAAGGCAGUAUCAGUGUCUUGAAUGUGGACAAGUCUUGCUAUCACCUGAUGAGUUGCUACGCCACCAGGAUAUGCACAUGAGGGAGAUUCCACAGGUUCCAGCCCAGCCUCCCUCACAGGGGAGUAGUCAGAUCCAUUACCAGUGCUGCGAGUGUAAGGAGCUUUUUACUUCACCUGAACUGUGGCUUAGUCACCGUCGGAAACACAAAAAAGAUGAGGAGCCGCCCCAGCAAAAUGUGGUCCUACAGACAGGUUCUGGUAUCCAGGCCUUACUGAGUUUGCAGAAUGUCCUUCUAGAUGAGAGAUCGUUAAAUGGCUGGGGUUUGGAGAUGCCAGCUGUAAUUUCAGGCACAAGUCAGGAUGCAGACAUUGUGCCAAGCACCCCUACCUUCACUGGGAGAACAACUGUGCAGCAAGAACUUGAAGAGAUGACAGAGAUGCACCCUUAUGAGUGCUCAGAGUGCAGCCAAGUUUUUCACACCCCAGAAGAGUUUCUGGAACACCAGGGGCGACACUUUAUUGAAACUGAGAAAGAAAGUGUGGCAUCUCCAGUGUAUGAAAUCCCAGAAAACACAGCACCUUCAACAGCUAUAAUUGAGAUGUUGCGCAAAGACUGGAUGCAGGAAGAAAAAGACAAGAACUUAAAAGAAGCAUGGGUUUCUCUUCAGCGAGUUUACAAGUGCCAAGAAUGCAAGAAAGAGUGUACCUCAGCAGAGGAAUUGCGUAAGCAUCGUAAAGAACAUCAAACAGAGGACUUUCCCUGCCCCGACUGUGAUCGACUUUUCACUUCAGCCAAUAGGCUACAGUCCCAUCGGCGAGUGCAUGUAGAAGGCACUCUUCAGUGUCCAAAUUGCUACAAAGUAUUUAAGAAAGAGGCUUCUCUGGAGCAGCACAUGCGUGUGCAUCGUGGAGAGGCACUUCACUUGUGUGUGGACUGUGGAUUAGGAUUUGGCACAGAGAUGACCCUGGUGCUGCAUCGAAAGAGCCAUACAGCAGAUCCUUUCUACCACUGCCACUGUGGCAAAACUUUUAGCAACAUGACCAAAUUUUUGUAUCACCGUAGAACACAUGUUGGUAAGAGUGGGGUACCUGUGUCGAAAUCCGAAAAGCCACUUGUUACAGAGAAAGAGGGCUUUGCAGUACUGACAGACCCACAUACUCCUCCUCCUGUGAAUUUGUCAAUACAAUCAGUAACUUCUGAAAUUACAGGGAUACAAGAAGCUCCAAAAAACAUAGUGACCCAAGAGAAUGGUUUUAAUAGCUCCAUCCCUGUAGAAGAGAAUCAGACUACAUCAGCUGAGACCUUUCAGUGCCCACAGUGCAGCAAAACAUUUUUCUCACGUUUGAGAAUGGUACGUCACAAACGUGUUGUUCAUGUUCUUGAAAGAAAGCACAAAUGUAGCAUGUGUGGAAAACGCUUCAAGAAACAAGUGCACUUGCGGAACCAUGUACGCACUCAUACAGGUGAACGGCCCUUCCAAUGUACAGACUGUGGAAAGACAUUUGGUUCACGGGCGAACUUGACCAGACACAACCUCACACACACUGGGGAGAAGCCAUAUAGGUGUGAAGUCUGUGGUCGGGGCUUCACACAGAGUUCUAACCUACAGCAACAUUGUACAAAGCACACAGGUGUCAACCCCUUUCCAUGCCAGAUGUGUGGAAUGUCAUUCAGUCAUGCUUAUAAGUUGGCAUUGCAUGUUUAUGAACACACAGGCAUCCUCCCUUACAAGUGCCCAGAAUGUGGCAAAGCAUUCAUGCGCAGAAAGUUAAUGGAGUUGCACCAGCUUGGCCACCAUGGCAAGGAGCCACUUCACUGUCGAGAUUGUGGAGUUGUGUUUGCUGUGGAAUCUCAACUUUCAGAACAUAAGUGUUCUUGUACAUGGAAUCUGCAUGUAUGCCCUACUUGUGGCAAAAAGCUAAACUCUAAGAUAAGCCUAGAACGCCACAUGCAAGUACAUGAUGGCAAACAAACCUAUAAAUGCCAUAUCUGUGGAAAAUUCUUUAGCACUCAGAGUGGAGUGAGCAGACACAAGCAGCGGCACUCUGGUGUGCGACCUCACAGAUGUAGUGUUUGUGGUAAAGUGUUUGCUGCAUCCUCUAGUCUUCUAUUGCACCACAGGACCCACACAGGAGAACGCCCCUUUUCAUGUAAAGAUUGUGGCAAGGCUUUUAGGCAAACUACUCACCUCAGAGAGCACCAACGGUUACACACAGGGGAGAGGCCGUACCGUUGCCAUGAAUGUGGUAUGUCCUUUAUCCAGUCCACACACCUGGCAGAACACAAACGUAUCCACACUGGGGAACAGCCAUACUCUUGUGCUGACUGUGGUAAAACUUUUAAGACAAGGUCAAAUCUUCGCACCCAUCGCAAAUCACAUGAGGCUCAACCACAGCAGAUGAUCAUGUGCACAGAACUUGGAGAAACUAUUGCAAUAAUAGAGAGUGUUGAGCCACUCCCCAUUGUAGAGACCAUAGAGAUUUACCAGGCUGCCCUGGAAGGGAAUUUACAUGUAGAAAAUGCAAACUAGAUGGAAACUAGCAGAACGUUAAAAAGCUUACACAAUAUUUGCUUUUUAGCAGAAUUGUUAAUAAAAAAAAAAAAAAAAGUUGAGCUUUUGUUAAACCAGAAUCCAUA